GCUCCAUCCCCGAGAGUUCAUCGGCAUCUGACCACAGCAGUCACCACCUCAUCACCUCCGGCACAGCAGCCUGAUCUCCCUGCUCCACUUCCGUCAAGAUCUCACCACUAGUCACCGCCUCAUCUAGUCAUCUCCUCUGCUGAACAGAAGCAACAAAGCUGCCCGACCGGCUCUUGACGACCACAUGAAUCAAAUGGCGGAUCUCGUUCAGAAGCUCUCUUCAGAGCUCCGCUGGGGCCUCCGACCAGCCUACAACAAUUUCAUGGGAUUCUUCCAUGCAACCGAUUGGAAGGUAAUGCAUCCACUCCCUCCAUCUUGCUAUUUCUGUUUGGCUGUCGAGAAAACUCAAGAAAUGGAAGAAAUUCUAAUUUUCUUUUGUUGUUUUGUUAGAGUAGAGAAUGAUUUUGAAUAUAUAGAUCUGAGAUUUAUAAUGCAUGUAUGUUUGUUACUCAUUAGAUCCGUUGUGUUAUCUUUUAGAGUAGCGUUGCAUGUUUGUUCAAUGCUGUACCCAGUGUUGUCAAACUCGAGUUUUAUAUCGUAAUGUAUGGAUUCCGAGUAAAAUCUACUUCAAAAUCGGAUUUUCAUAAAAUCGGAUGAUAAAAAUGUAAAAGCACGAUUUUUUCGUAAAAUCAUUUGAAAUCUCGAUUUUACUUUCACAAAAAUUGAAGAAGAGAUUUCCAGAAAUUUGCCGCAGGGGAGGGAAAGAUUUUGGACUGCAGCGGUGCCGGCAUGCCGCUGCUCACUGCCACUGCUCACAUCUCAGGCACUGGCAGGAUGGAAAUCUAUUUGGUGACCCAAAUCAUGCGGAGCUAGCCUUAUAUAGUAGGAUUUGGUUGCUGCUGCUCACUGCUCAAGCAAAGAAAGAUAAAAUUUGUUG